AUGUCAUGUUUUCAUUCAGUUUUGAAGAGAAGAAUGAAUAAUCAUUAUAUAAUAGAAGUAAUUAAAAAUAAAUAUCUAUUUGGGUUAAUAUUAAAACAUAUAAAGUUAUUAAGAGAUAGAGUUGAUUGGACAAGAAUAGUAUUUUGUCAAGAUAAUAGUAAUGGUGGUGAAAUACUACAAGAUAUUGGAUAUACAAAUUACUUUGUAGAACCUACAUUUACAGUACAUCCAAGAAUACAAAAGUAUAGUCGUAUAAACUCUGUGGAGUGGAUGGCUCGUAAUGGGUACUUUGGAUUGUUGGAUGACAAGUUGAAACGUCAACCACACAGAUUGUUGUUCAAUGUACAAGCAUUCAAGUUGAUUGCUAGUAGAGGUGGUAGGUCAACAACACCUGAUGCACUUGAUUUGUUUCAAAGAUCGGUCGCAUUGAAUAACAAGGAUUUGUUGGAAUGUAAUAUUGGCUGCUGCAUCUGCAAGUGUCGACAAUGGUUGUAUUGGAGAAUAGAAAAGAUUACGAUACUAGAGAGUCAUCUAACCGAUGAUCCAAGGGUUAUUGCAAACAUGUCUGUGGAAGCUUUGGUUUGGGUAUUGGAUCAUAUGCAUACGAAUCAAAUUGGUGUAUCAUUUAUCAGUAGUGUAGUGACUACACAUCGACGUGAUUUGUAUGGUGUGUUAUUGGAUGAUCGUCGCAUUACCAUUCCUUUGGUACCACGUAUAACUAAAUUGUUGGCUUUGAAUGGUUGGGGUAGAGAGUUUCAACUUUUAACGACCAAUGUCGAAAGUUACCAUUCGUCGCAGGAACUAUUGACAUUGGCAUUCAAGUCGAAUGAUGUUGUCUUUUCACAAUACAUGUUUAGUCGACUACCUCCUUUCCACCGGUUUGAAAAGUACAACUUUUACGAUCUCUUUUAUAUGUCGUCGGGCACUGAUGCCAAGACCAUGUACGGUCUGUUUCAAAACCACUUUUUAAACAUCAACAUUUACAUUGCACCAACUGGAUUCAUCGCCUGGCUCUGUGAAGUCUACAAUGCCAACCUAUUCAACAACCAUCUUUUCAAUCAAAAGACACCAACUAUUUUCAAUGUCAUCAAUUCAAUACUUUCUUUUAUUGGUUUCUACUAUAAAGACAAUCAACCAGAAAGACAUGAUCAAGUAAUAUCAAGAUUUAAUGAAAUAUUGGAAUUAAAUUUAAAUUAUUUAAAAUUAUCCUCCUCUUCUUCUUCUUCUUGUAAAGACUCCAUGGAAUUAUAUUUAAAUAGAAUAUUAUUAUAUGAAUCUGCAAGAUUGAUGGAUGUGGAUGUACAAAUCAUUACAGAUAAUUCACUAUAUUUCCUUGAUCGACCAAUGUUGUACGACUCGAUCAAUCAACAUAAAGGAGGUUUCCAACGAUUCAACGACGAGACAAAUGCACUCUUGCAAGUAGAGUAUAGUAUCAUUAUCAAUGAUAGUGAACGGUUUAUCAACAACCUUUCGCUGAUCCCAUUCUCUAGUCGUCUCAUUUCAUCGUUGGUUGUUUUUGCCAUUGGUCACAAUCGAUUAGAGUUGGUCAAGAUCCUAUGCAACUAUCAAAUACCAGAGGUUCUAUCAAACCACAAGGAAUCGGUAGAUGUUGGCAGUCUGUCAAUGCUGCAGUUACUCUAUCACAGUGCGUUUAGAUGUUUGAUUGAUUUUGACUGUAUCUUUAGAAAGUGUACCAUCGAUUUAUUUACAUUCCUCUUGGAUAUAGGUCAUCAAGAAAUGGACAGGGCAGUCGCAUACGCCCUCAAAGACACCGAGUCACCCGACCGCACCGAUAUCGUUCACUAUUACAUUGCCAACGCUAAAAAGCCUGAUAACAGUGGACAGCGAUUGUUUUCAAGUAUCAGUACUACCACCAAGUUGCAAGACCAUCAACUACCACUAUACUAUAUGCAAAAUGGUAGAAUAGAUUAUUUCAACGAGAUUACAGACAGAAAUACACCACUAUCAAACGAGAUUUAUUUCAUGAUUGGGUAUAGAGGAGAUAUUGCACUCUUUGAUUAUAUUCUCAAAUCACGUAAAGACUAUUUCAACAUGCACAACCACAAGGUCUAUUUUAUUAAUAGUGUGGUCAAGGCAUGUUAUAUUUACGGACAACGUAUGUUGUUGGCACACAUUGAAAGUAGUUCAGUUGGAGCUGGACACUUUUACCCUUUGCUGUGGAUCACCAACAACCAGAUGGACUUUUUCGAACAUUAUUUUAAUCGAUCUAGGAUCACCAUGAUUGAAAAGAAAGAAAUCCUAGAAUAUGCCAUUCAACACAACAAGGUUCAUUUGGCUGAUAGUAUAUGGAAAAAGGGACUUUCAAGUGUCGGUGCCACAACCAUUUCCAAAGAAUCGGUCAUUGUUGCCAUCAAUCGUGGUCAUACCCAAAUCUUGGAAUUCCUCUAUUCCAUUCGUCAAAUGGUUGAAAUUAGAUAUCUAUGGAAUAUGAAAACUGUUAAAUCAAGUCCAAGAAUGAAAUCUUUUUUAACCUAUAUUAAAGAAAAAGAAUUAAAUAAAAUUAAUAAAUAA